GACGUGUCUCAGAACAACAAUGGCGGAGUCCGCGGAGGAAGCUCAGAUCAGCAGGAGCUGGAGCCAGGAUUUGGCAGAGGCUUUGGACUCUGGGUCGGACCUGGAGAUGGACCGAGGAUACACACAAGAAGACGACUCCUCUCCUCAACACAGGGCCCAGAUGUGGAAGAUUGCUUUAAAUGUUUCUGGAAAAGGGGACAGUUUGUCAAAUUGGGAUGGUGUUCUAGAUUUACCAGAACAGACGCUCAUUCACAACCGCAGUCAGCAGCUGAUUGGUCAGUUCGACAUAUCAGAAGAGGAAAAGGCAGAUAUGGAGGCUGAUGUUGAGGCCGUCAUCACUUUUUACUGUAAAUCCCGUAACGUUACUUUCAGCACAAAUUUGAGUUUUCCUCACCUGCUCAAACCUCUCCUGAGUCUGAAACUUCCUCGCAGCGACUUGUACAACUGCUUCUACGCUCUUAUGAACAAAUACAUCCCCAGAGACUGUGUGCCUAAAGGCCGACCCUUCCACUUGUUCAGAUUACUACUGCAGUACCACGAACCUGAACUCUGCUCCUUCCUGGACACUAAGAAAAUUACACCAGACUCUUAUGCAAUGAGCUGGUUGGGCAGCCUGUUCUCCAGCCACUGCCUUCCUGAUGUGACACAGACCUUAUGGGACAACUACUUCCAGCAAACAGAUCCCUUCCUGAUAUUCUUUCUCAUGCUCGUUAUUCUUGUCAAUGCCAAAGAAUCCAUACUUGCACAGGAAUCAGACGGCAAAGAGGACAUCAUUAAAAUGCUUGAGGAAUCUCCUUCUCUUUUGGAAAGUGAAGACAUUGAAGACCUGUUUUCUCUGGCACAGUAUUACCAGACUAAAACCCCUUUGUCACUCAGAAAGAUGAAUCAGAAUCUGUUUGGGAGCAGCCUUGUGGCCCUGAAGGAGGAGGAGACGGACCUCAGCCAAGCCCUGUGUCUCCCUGUGUCCGUGCCUGAAAUCCUGCAGGCCAACCAGAUGCAACAGGAUGGAGUACGUUUUUUUGUCGUGGACUGUCGGCCAGCUGAACAGUACAAUUCUGGUCACUUAUCCACAGCAUUUCACCUGGACUCUGACUUGAUGCUGCAGAAUCCAUCAGAGUUCGCCCUCUCGGUGAAAUCUCUGCUAGAGGCGCAGAAACAGUCUCUGGAGUCAGGGUCUAUCGCCAGCGGAGAGCACCUGUGCUUCAUGGGCAGCGGCCGCGAGGAGGAGGACAUGUACAUGAACAUGGUGCUAGCACAUUUCCUACAGAAAAAUAAAGAGUAUGUCAGUAUAGCCAAAGGAGGCUUCAUGGCUCUCCAAAAGCACCUGGUUGACAUGAACAUUGAAGGCUUGGACUCGUCUUACCUAAACUGGAUUGUUAGCACCUCAGGGUCUCACAGCAGCUUGAGCUCAGUAGACGGGGAGCUGUGCAGCCCCGGGGACAGCAAAGGGGUCAAGUCUUUGAUGAACAAAAUGACAUUUGCUCUCAAGUCUAAGUCUGUGAAUGUGAAAGAGAAGAUGAUUAGCUUUAUUGAGAACUCUUCUGCCCCAGUUGACAAAAUAUCUUUCAAUCUGCCUUGGCCAGAGAAGGUGGUUCCUGAUCGGCAUGUGAGCAGCAGUGACCGAGUUGGUAAACCUUACAGAGGAGUCAAGCCUGUUUUUAGCAUCGGUGACGAAGAGGAAUAUGACACAGAUGAGAUUGACAGUUCGUCCAUGUCUGAUGAUGACAGGAAAGAGAUUGUAAAUAUUCAGACUUGGAUCAACAAACCAGAUGUGAAGCACCACAUUCCCUGCAAUGAGGUGAAGGAGACUGGGCACAUGUUUCCAAGCCACUUGUUGAUCACAGCCACUCACAUGUACUGCCUCAGAGAAAUUGCCUCUCGGAAAGGGUUUGCCUACAUCCAGUCCAGACAAGCACUGAACUCUGUCGUCAAAAUCACCUCAAAGAAGAAGCACCCAGAACUCAUCACAUUCAAGUUUGGCACCAACAACUCAGCCGGGGUGGAGAUCUUGGCUGUGGAGAGGUAUCUUAUACCUAAUGCUGGUGAUGCUACAAAGGUGAUCAAGCAGCAAAUUAUGAAAGUCCUGGAUGCUUUGGAGAGCUCGUAAAGCACUAAAUGAAGGCUAGCUGUCAAAUAAACUGCGUGGCGUGUUUUUUGUCCUUGGGGAGUUUAAAGUUGUAUCCCAUUCUCCCUUGGCUGCCUCCUUCCUCCUGGACAGGCCCCUGCAGUGUUGACUAUGAAACCCUAUGAAGUUUCUGUUUUGGGGACUCGGCCAAAACUUACAAGAGCGAGUGUCUGUGUUGUAAGGUGCUCCGCUGUCAUCCAAAAAUAUCCAAAAUCAAAUCUGGGAGUCUAUGGCAGUAACACUUCUCUUCAGGCCUUAUGGUAGCGUUUUGACCCUCCAGUGGCAAGCCUUUCUAAUCAUAAUAUCCACUAUUGUCAUUGUUUUCACACAGAACUGUAUAACUGUCUGGUUUUGGAUAAUUCAGAGUAAGAAUCCACCUUCUUUUCAACUCCUGUAUUAUCUGUACUGCUUGGAUUUACUUGUAAUCACUUUUGCAUAUCCCUAAGUGUUACUACUAUUGAAGCCAUCACUGCUAAUUUAUUGUUUUGCCAACCAGGAAGUGUUGAUUUCUUGCUAGACCCAAGAUGACUUGAGCCUGGGUAGACAAUAAUAACACUUGGAAAUGUUGUUUACGUUGGCAAAUGAGAGACAGGAUGCUUUAUCACCCCAUAAAAAUGCGUGUAUAGGUCCAUUUAUAUUACACUGAAUUGACUUUUUGGACUAUCUUUAAGUCACAUUAUAAUGCUUCAUGGUAGAGUAUUCAGUUUUACCUUGUGAUGUCAUUAGGUGGUAAUCAUCUGCCCAUCUAUACAAUUUUCACCAACAUAGGAGCUAUAUUUCUGAGUUAUGCAUUAUAUCUUUGAGUUCUUUUUUACCUACUCACUCAAAAGGCAGCCUUAACAUCAAUACCAACAAAAGUGGCAACUUCAUAACUGUACUGUAUAUAAUAUUUAAACCAAUCUAUAUUUAGCAUGGACCUUUGCAGCUGCUAGGGAUAUAAUUUAUUUCCAGCGUUUUAAAUGUAAAAACCAAACCUCAUCUCAUAGCAGUUUGAUGUAGCUCUGAUUUAAGCAACAUCCUUUUACAAGUCCAGGGUUUGUACAGUAACACCUCAUUCAUUCCAUUCUAAUCGAUCUGUGUUGUAUUUUCCCAUAUUAACGAACACCUUGUAUUGCCCAUUGUAAAUGAACUGACUUGAGUGGAAUGCUGUAACAAGCAAAUUGGGAGUUUUUGUGAAGGCAUUUGUAAGGAAAAUUAUGAGCAUAUAUCUUUGUAUUUUGUCCAUUGUAACUAAUCUAAAGCAACACUUUUUUAGUUCUAGCUUGCCACUGUUGCCUUUAGCCUCAUGCCUGUGAAAUGAAAUGUAUUCUUCAUCAUAGUGGCAAAUUAUCUCACUGCAUUGCUACUUUUCCAACUCAAUUUUUCUUUAAUAUUUAGUUAAAUUAAGACAAUUCUGAUGGUAGUGUAUACAAUAUCUAAGUGGCGACAGUGUGUAAAACCACUUCUAUCUAAAUGGGGAUAGAAUUGACAGACUGCUCCCCUUUUAACCUAAGGCACAUUAUAUAUUACUAGUACGUAAACUUGGCCUUCUUGACUUGAUCUGGUGUUCAAAUCUUCCAGUAGACACAGUUGAACAGAUUGGAUCUGUUUUACAAUAAUUCAUCUUAAAUUAUUAUCAACAUUUGGACUCGUAGUGUGUCUGGUUAUGGUAUUGGCAGCAGCACCACAGUGUAUGAGUAACCAUUCACUUGUCUCAUAUCAUUCUUGUGUAACCCAUUCAUUUGAUUUGAUCCUUUUUCAGUAUUUGAUUACUGAGAGAACUUAACAUUAUAACUGUAUCAUCACUGGGUAAAGGUUAUCACCACUCAAAAUGCAACAUGUCAGAUGUGUAAUUUGCACCUUAAUGUUCUGCUGUUAUUUUCUAAGCAUUUCUGUUUUUAAUAAAUGGACAUUUAUUGA